AUGCAAGGGAAAGUUAUAAAUAAAAAACAACAGCCACUUAGUGAAUUAUCAUUGAGAGAUUCCGAUCGUAUCAAUAUUAAACAUCCACAACAACAACAACAACAACAACAACAUUCAAAUUAUCUCACUAUGAUGUCUCCAAAGGGUUAUGGCAAUGACGACUCCUCAUCUUCUUUGAAGAACAGUCCUCGGAAUCAGAACGAUAAUACAAGGACUCCUCGUCAUUCACAAAACAAUACCAGCAAUAAUAACAACAACAACGAUAUGGAUUAUCCAAUGACUCCCUCACCUCCAAAUAAAGUUAGAAGAUCGUCAGCUUCAAUGAGUUUCUUAGCGACCCCUAAAUUCAAUUCAUUAAAUAAUUUGUCGGAACAACAACAGGUACUAUCUCAUAAGAAAUUAAGAUCACAUAAUUCUAGUGAUAAUGAAGAAGAAGAAGAAGAACAACAACAACAUGAAGCAGCCAUACCUUUCUCACCUACAUCUAGAAGUACACGUCUAUUACCACCAACUACUCCAAAAUCAAGAAAUAUAGAAACUUUCUUAUCUCCUUCUCCUCAUAUCACUUCACCAAGUAUCUAUAAGGAAUCAAAUAAACCAAUAAGAGAAAUAUCUAAUAAUUUAAAGACAAGAUUAAAUUAUGCUUUUGUAAAAUUACAAAACGGCUGGGUGGAUCGUACUUUACCAGAAUUAGAAAAUGAAUUAGAUAGACAACAAACUUUAAUUCAACAAAGACAACAUUUACAAAAUUCUCAUUUUAGUCCACAAAGAUCAGUUCAUCUUUCUCCUGCUCAUUCCAUUUCAAGUUCAUACACAAAUAAGUUUGCUUAUGGUAAUGGAAUCAAUAUGGAUGAAGACACUGAUAACUUACAGGAUGAAGAAAGAUCAGAUAGCACAAAUUCUGCUCGUUUAGCAUUUAUGAAAGCACUGUCAUCACCUGCAAGAGGUCAAGUACAAUCACACCAUGGUUUACCAUCUUCUUCUUCAACUUUGAGCGACUCAAGUAGGAUAUUAAAAUCAGGAAAUAUGACAUCACAAAAGAAUAAUAUAGACAACAACUCAUCUUCAUCACCUUUAAAAUGGUCUCAGGAUUCUCGAAAACCUUCAAAUCAAGUUAAAGAACCCUUUAAAGAAAUUUCAAAGGAGACUGAAGAUAACUCUAAAAUCCAACCAAAGAAAAAAGAAGGUGCAACUGAAGUAGCCGCUAUAGAAACAUUAAUGUCAUUAUCUUCACCAAAGAAAUCCAAACCUACUGUAUCAUUCAACGAUAACAGUACACAAGAUACAGAAAAUGAUACAGAAGUAGAUGACUCUGAUAAUAGUAUAUCAAAUUAG